CAAUGACCAUGUUCACGUCCCCCCGGUUUUGCAUUAACUACGGUCUUCCCUGCCCAUGAAGCGGCGUUGUGAUCUGCCUGUCUUGCCAUCCUGGUCUCUUGUCAAUGCGCAGCCUGGUCUUUUGUUGCAUUUUGAAUGCUUGAUCCGCUUCCUUGCUUUGGUUCAACAUUGCGCUGACACAUGGAUCUUCAAUGCAGCAUCGAACACCACGAGCCUACCCGAACGUUGCUCUGCCGCCUCAUGUCUCGCAGUCACGAACACUGAGCAGUACGGUGACCUCUCAGCAGCCCUACGCAUCGCCAAUCCUGUACGCACCGCAAGCGAAUCUUCAGUCGCCUUUUUUGAACAACCAGCAUCAAUUUCAAACUCCGCAGGCGCAAAGCGACACGCCCAACUAUUUCCAGCCGAAUCAGAGCCCAAGGAGUCAGAGCAGUGGUGCAGGAACGUUUUAUCCGACUGAAAAGCCCGAUUCUAUGGCAGCAACGGCGACAAUGCAGCGGCCCUAUCCCCCAAUAUACACGCCGCAGUCUAAUUCCCCCGCCUCGGUGACCUCGCCACAGUCGCAUGAUCCCGGUAGACCGAUGUAUCCUCAGCCAGGGGCACAAUUGAGCCAACUUCCAUAUGGAUAUCCUCAAUAUCAGUCGAUGAGUCAAGUGCACCAGCCUCCGUAUGGCGCCCAUCAUGGACAGACGCAACAGCACCAAAUUCAGUCGCAACCGAUGAUGCCAUACCAGUCGGCUGCCCCUCAGCUUCAACAGGGGUCUCAGCACCAUUCCACAAUCUCGAAUAGUCCAAGAUUGAAAUCUGAGCCUGGUCAAUCAUAUCAGCAGACACCGCAACCACGACCGGGAAUGCUCCCUCAUCAGCAGCAACAGCCACAACACUCCAACGCCAAUCCUCCUGCGCCGGGACUGGGCGAUUACAAACAGACUCUCCAACAAGCGCAACAGCAGCAGCCUGGGCAGCAACAACAGCAACAACAACAACAGCAGCAGCAGUCUCCCUCUGGUGUGCCGCCCAAUAUGCCGCCCAACUCGAAUGCUGCCCCCGGACCGAUUCCCGCUACGACGCCGUUGGUGGUUCGACAGGACGGGAAUGGCGUCCAGUGGAUCGCCUUUGAGUACUCGAGAGAUCGGGUCAAGAUGGAAUACACCAUUCGAUGCGAUGUUGAAUCGGUCGAUGGAUCCGCUCUGACACACGAAUUCAAGUCAGAAAACUGUGUGUAUCCUCGAGCGUGUGUACCAAAGGAUCUCUACAAAGGCAAUCGGUUGAAUUAUGAGACUGACUGCAACCAAGUUGGCUGGGCUUUGGCGGAACUAAAUCCAUGUCUGCGUGGAAAACGAGGUUUGAUCCAGCGAGCAGUCGACAGCUGGAGAAACAGCAAUCAGGAUCCCCGGAUGAGAAGUCGUAGGGUCAGGCGACAAGCUAAGAUGAACCACAAAGGAAAGGUCACUCCUACAACACCAAGUCAGGCGUCCGCACCGUCUCUUCCACUCCCGACAGGGCUUGCCGGUCCAGGUUCAAUGCCGGCUCCGAGUGCCAGACCACCAGGGGUACUGCCCAGUGCGCAAAGUCAAAUCUUGCAUAAUCAGCAGGAUGUGUCCCCCAGCGCCCACGGCAAUGUUGGAGCAUCGCCUUACAACCAUGCGCCUCAAGGGUAUCGGCAGGACGCUACUGUCCAGCAUAUGCAGAGUCCGAAUGACGUCCGUCAAAGCCACGUUUUCCCAGGAUAUCCCAAUUAUCCAUCGGCUCCAACUUCGAUGGCUCCUUCAAUGGCACCACAGAUGCAAGGAGGAUUACAUCACCUCGGGCGUUCUGGCGGAACCGCCGCCAUGACCUCGAGGGACCUGGAAGGUAAGAAUGAGGAAGACAACGCAUUGUUCGGCGACUUACCGGAAAGUAAACGACGAAAAUUCAUUCUCGUGGAGGACACUCAGAAGAAUGCACGAGUUCGAGUCAAAGUCACUUUAGAGCAAAUCGAGAUGAGCGAAAUCCCCGAUUCCUACCGCAAGCAGAACGCUGUAUUUCCACGCGCCUACUUUCCUGUACAGAUGCAGACGGCGACCGAUUCGACUCGAGAUGGCCGGCUUGCGGAGGAGGGAGAAGAAGUCGACGGCGGUGCUCCUACCAUUGGCAAGACGUCUGUUUCAGUCCAGACCGGCAAUGGCAAUGAAGAGGUCAGCGUGCCACAAAUCUCGAAAAGCAAACGUGGGCGGGAGCAAAAGAUCAACGAGCUAGGAUAUCGCAUGGCUUGGGGUCAAGGUCGCGUGUUUUCUGGACGGCCAAUUUUCCUUGCUCGUGCCUUGGACGCCUACCGAGCCAAACAGCGAAGUGCCCUCCUACUCGCAGGCUCGCCUGCAUCGACUAUCCCUGCUCACCUCGAAAACAGACCAGGCAAGCGAAAGUGGCUUGAGAGGGCUCGCCCCAUCGCUCACCCACUGACGCCCCCUACUACCACAUCUGAUUGAAUUACCUUUUUACCUCGACGGUUCAACGUGGAGUCUCCACGAAUAUCGCUGUGAAAUUUUUUUGUGCAAUGAUACCCCAGACAAGUACAGUCCCGACUUUGUCGAGUGUACAUUAUUCCAGCCUGAGUUGGAUUUCAGUGCAGGCUGUACGACGAAUCUAUGAUCGAAAACCCGAAAAGUUGGAAUUGAUUGUUUUCUUCGGCGAUACCCACACGUAUUUGGGCUUUACUGAAUUUGUUUUAUUUCUGUUGGAUUGAAGGCUUUGUCGCAUUGGGAUAUUUUAUUUUCGCAUUACUUUUGCACAAAGGUGAUGAGUCGUGGACUUCCUGGAAGGGAGGACUGAAUGGUCUCAGUCAAACCAGGCUGUUCUGCUUGUUUGUUUGGUUGCGACAACCAGCAAUUUUGAGCCAGUGCCCGCCCUCAGGAUGGAACAGGCGGGAGGAUCACCUUGUCUGGCCCUGGGUCCGACGAACAAUCUUUCCUGACACAUUCGCGACUUUGCCAUUUGCGAUUCUCUUCUCGAAAGCAACAUACGCUUAUUUUGGUCCUCAUCUUCGACCAUGUUCGUGUGGAACCUUCAAGUUCUGUCACGUAUCGAGUCAUUUCCUUAUUUGGCGUCUUGGGUUGGACCUCUAGGCUCGAAGACUAUUGAAACACGAAAGGGCACACCGAGGCUUCUUUAUUGGUCGAGCAAACUGGCAUCGGGUUUACUUAUGAACAUUCUUGAGGAACACUUAUCUGUUUUGACCUCCCAUCAUUAUCGACUAAGCAACACUUUAAGGCAUAAAAUACGCUGCAAACGGCCGGCUUUUCACAUCACAUCAUCUUCCUGUCUCAUUUGUAUCAAAGGUAGCAAGGAUUGAAAUUGGACUUAUCUAUUCCGUCUGGAGAUGGGAUCUCCACCAGGAACGGCAUUUCUUUUUCUAGAUGAUGCAAGGCGAAGAGGAAAAGGGCUUGGAACCUCAGCAGUGAAGCUGUAUGGAAUGGGGCAAAGCAACGAGGCGACUCUACUCUACUUGAAGGCUUUAGGAACGAUGGGAAAGUUUGUCACGACUUUUUCUUGUAUUUUGGGUAUUGAACCAAGGUUCAUCACAAAUGCUUUUAUUUUUCGAUUCUUUUUGAAGGACUUUUGGCUAUGUGUUGGAAGCUGGGUCUCGCCCUCAAAUCUGGCUUGUGAUGGUAAAUAGACUCGACCAGAGUUGGUUUUGGGAUGGGAUUGGUCUGUGUUGUGAGUUUGUGUGAGCGUUGUCGGUUAUCCUAAUCGAAUGUUAGGGACUGGGAACGGUGAUUCACAUUAUGACAGUAUGUUUGUGUCUGUGUGGCAGGGAGAAGGUUUUGGAAAUCAACAUGAAGAUAUCUUCAAGGAGUCUGGACAAAGCGACAGACACAGCAAGAGGAAAGGGGAAACUUCAAAGGACGAACUAUUAGCGGGGACAAUUGGAAUUCAGGAAAGCAGGAUUGGAAUGAAAUUGGAAUUGGAAUUGGAAUUGACGCUGAAUGGAUGGGAAUCAUAUUUUCAUUGGAGGACAGCACGGGAAAGAACUUUUUUCUUCAUCAGAGGGUCAAACUGGGAUAGGAUUCUCAUAGUAUGAGUAGGAUUUUCCUUGAUAACAAUGAAUUAUCAAGAUCCUAGUCUAUUUC